CCGGGCAGGGGCGGGAGUGGUGGAGCGGCCGGGCGGUUGGCUGUGAAAGGGGCGGUGAGCGAGCUGCUCUGGUCUCCAGGCGAGGCUUGGCCUCCCUAGCAGAGACGGGGGGAGGCGGCGGUGGUGGCGGCGGCCCUCGGGCCGGCUGGUGAGGUGAUGGCGGCGCCGGCCCCUGGGGCUGGGGCAGCCUCGGGCGGCGCUGGCUGUAGCGGCGGCGGCGGCGCGGGCGCCGGCUCGGGCUCCGGGUCCGCGGGGGUCGGGGGCCGGCUGCCCAGCCGGGUGCUGGAGUUGGUGUUCUCCUACCUGGAGCUGUCCGAGCUGCGGAGCUGCGCCCUGGUGUGCAAGCACUGGUACCGCUGCCUGCACGGCGAUGAGAACAGCGAGGUGUGGCGGAGCCUGUGCGCCCGCAGCCUGGCAGAAGAGGCUCUGCGCACGGACAUCCUCUGCAACCUGCCCAGCUACAAGGCCAAGAUACGUGCUUUCCAACAUGCCUUCAGCACUAAUGACUGCUCCAGGAAUGUCUACAUUAAGAAGAAUGGUUUUACUUUACAUCGAAACCCCAUUGCUCAGAGCACUGAUGGUGCAAGGACCAAGAUUGGUUUCAGUGAGGGCCGCCAUGCGUGGGAGGUGUGGUGGGAGGGCCCUCUGGGCACUGUGGCAGUGAUUGGAAUUGCCACAAAACGGGCCCCCAUGCAGUGCCAAGGUUAUGUGGCGUUGCUGGGCAGUGAUGACCAGAGCUGGGGCUGGAAUCUGGUGGACAAUAAUCUGCUACAUAAUGGAGAAGUCAAUGGCAGUUUUCCACAAUGCAACAAUGCACCAAAAUAUCAGAUAGGAGAAAGAAUUCGCGUCAUCUUGGACAUGGAAGAUAAGACUUUAGCUUUUGAACGUGGAUAUGAGUUCCUGGGGGUGGCCUUUAGAGGACUUCCCAAGGCCUGCUUAUAUCCAGCAGUUUCUGCUGUAUAUGGCAACACAGAAGUGACUUUGGUUUACCUUGGAAAACCUUUGGAUGGAUGACAGUGGCUUUCUUGGGGUGAAAGACAGAGUGGAGGAGAUAUCUGCUUGUUGAAAGUAGAAUCAUGAAGUGACAGUGUCAUACAUGCAUGCCCAAGAAACAUCCUGAAAAACACACGAAAUUGUUAACUGGAGAAGCAGCUUUACAGCAGAGAUUAUCUUAGUGUUUCCUCUUUCUACUGGGCCAGAAAAAUCCUCAGGGUUGCAGCUGGUUGAGUGGGCAGUUGACAUAUGCAUGUUGCAACAGAUUUUGUCUCUAAGUCAGCAGUGUGUUAUUUCCAACUUUUAAGGUGAGAUUUUAGAGAUGCUAUGAAAGGGAUAAGAUAAGGAAAUAGCAAGAUUGUUAAGUAGUGUGUUUGUGAAGAAAGACUGAUCCUGUUUUACAACUGCCUGUUUUUUCUCCAGACCUGUUUUUCCAGCCAGCUUGACUAUUAGAAAAGUAUGAAACUGGUUGGAUUUUAUUUAAUAUUUUUAAUAUAUUGAGAAGCAUGGUCUGCCUGGACUGCACUUCUCUAACAGUGAGAUGUAAAAUUGUGCAGCUAUUUUAAAAGUUGUAUAUACAAUAUGUGUGUAAAAAAACUGUAUAAAAAAACACAGGACAAAGGGGUUUCUUUGUUCUAGUUCAGUUUCUUAAAAACCACUACAUGGUACAAAAUUAGAGUAACAUUUAGGGACAAUUGGGUAACUACAAAGAAGAGGAUUUUAAGAGGAGAUGUGUUGUAUUGGCUGAUUCUGUAUUAUAUUUGGUUUACAGUUUCCAUAGCUAUUACAGUCUUUUUUUUAGAGAUCAAAAUUAUUGUUAAAAUCCCUCAUCUCCUGGCUAAGGAUGAGGGAAGGCGAGUCUAUUUCUAAUCAUACAUAUGUCAGUAAUAGUAAUGAUAAUGUGCAUCUUGUAGUAUCUGGUUUUAUAUUUUGGCCUUCUGAGAAAGUGUCUCAUAACAACACCGAAUGUUGCCAUUUGCUCUUAUAGGACUCAAGUAAGGAAGCUGUUAGUCACAGACUUUAGGAAAGGAAUUGAUUACUGGUCCCUUUAUUUUGUAACUUUAUAAUGCUGCAGAUAUUAUAAUUUUUUUUUUAAUUUCAUAUUGUUUACAUCAUGCAACAGUCUAAGCCUCAAACUCUUCCUUGGGGUUAUCAAAAAAUGUUUACUCAUGCACCUGAAACAGUGCCAACCUGAACCCAGGUUAAGAAUGUGUUCUUAAUCUCAUUAUAGAUAAUUGCCCCCAUGGGACUUGAAAUAAAACACCUUGUGCUGAAACCUUCAGGUUGGCAAUAUUUUGAAAGUUUCAUUGUAGAAGAACUUAACAUUAAUUCCUGUUCUGAAUUUUUGACUAAUAAAUCUGAUUUCACUAAUACUCUUUUAAAUUAAUAAUCCAACAUACAUGAGCUGAGAUUUUCUUUUGUUAGAAGAGAAACAGCAUCAUCUUUCUGUAUGAAAGUAUAAAUUGUAUGGUUUCAGAUACAUCUUUGUGAUAAGAAUUGACUAAGGCAAGUGGAAUCUUUGUACUUUUUAGGUUAUUACUGUAUGUGUAUUUUGUUUUAAAUCUAAUAAAAUUAGGGACAGCAAGCAGCUGGCUGGGGUUCUUGGGUUGCUCCUUGAGAGUUAAGAUUAUCAGUACUCCUAUGAAGCAGGGGAUUUCAGUCAUGAACAAAGAUUUUUUUUGCCACCUGACAGGUUUACAAAUAUUUAUUGUGCAUUUGGUAUGUUGCUUAAAGGUGAAAUCUGUUACAGAUCCUUUUUGAUACCCAUGUCAAGAAGAAAUCUCCUGGAGACCAUAUUUAAUAGUACAGAGUGAAAUUAUAUUAGACAAUAUAGCUGCUACAGAAAUUUACUUUUCUUGGUGUAGAACAACUCAAUUUGGCAAAGUUUAAAGUUUAAGUAAAGAAGAGAACUGGUUCAGGAUGAAGAUUGAGCUAUUUAGAAAACUAUAAAGUCCUUUCAGUACUUGUUUCUUUUUCAGAUUGUGAUACAGCUAAUUCCAAGAGCUGUUACUGAGAGUUUUGUUUAUAACUUCUGUUUUGUCUUAUUGGUAAACAUUCACUUGUAACAAAGUUUUGAAGGUGCUUAAUGGAACACAGAAACACAUGGUGAGUGCGUAUUGAACCUAGAAUCAAAGAAUUGCCUAAAUAUUUAACAAGCCAUUCUUAUCUCAAAAAUUUAAAUUUCCUAAUAUCCCAUUUGCAAAUUUUAUAAAAUGGAGGUUCAUAUUUACCCUAAACAUCAGGGGAAUGAAGAGCCUUCAUACCUAACCUGAUUGAUUCAUUACUGGAGACCAAUAGUAGCUGCACAGAAUGUUAAACAGCUACAGCGUUCAAGGAAAUGGAAUCUCUUUUUCAUUGGUGCUGAGUGUUUAGGUAGAAGUCACAGCUGAAGACUGAGUAUAACUCCUCUAAACCAGUGGUUCUCAGCCUUAGCUGUACUUUGGAGUCAUGUGCAUCUUGAAAAAUACUGAUGUUGGCUCCCAUACCCUAAGAUUCUGAUGUUGGUCUGCUUCCCAGGUGAUUUCAAUCUGCUGCCAAGGUUGCAUUCUAAAUUCACCUUAAGUUUUCUCAUCUGCAAAAUUUAAAGAAAUCCUUGCUCCCUCCCUUCACUACCUCACAAGGAUAUUGAGGGUAAAGGAGAAAAUAACGGGAAAAUGUUUGUGCAAUGGAUAAUAAGUGCUAUUGAAAGGCAAAGUAGUGUUUGUUGUCUUUCAGCUGAAACUAUGAUCAGGAAAAAAUGUGUAAUUGAGUUUGCUUUGUUGACUUGGGAAACUGGGAGCAUUUUCUUUGGUUCUUAACUUUAGUGAAGCAUGCAGAUGUGUAAGCAAACAUUACUAUUACUCUUAUUCAUACUAUGGUCUUCUGUCAUACUUGAGAUAGGCUGUUUUAAAUUAUCUGGUUUUACAUAGGAAAGAAGAAAUAUUAAGGGUUAAAGUCUGUAAUGGUCAAUGGCUAAUAAUUCAUUAAAACUUUUCAUACAAAGAA